CGUCGUAAUCGACAAGGCGAGCGAGGUUAUGUUUUCAAAUAUUAAAAUUAAUCACAUAAUUUGAAGACUUUUGUUCCAUAUUUAUGUUGUGGUUUGUGAACAAUGUUGUUUAUCCCUCGAUCAAGUCGUCUCUUCCGAGUUUUUAGUAACUAUGCCUCCGUAAGAUGCCGAUGUUCGUCGACUGCUACACGACUGGAUACUUUGAAGAAGAAAGUGGAGAAGGGGCCUGAUUUGAAGGAAUUUAUUACUGGAACGACGUCCCUUACAACUUUAGACCCUCUCGAUAUACCAUACUUGCCUAGUAGUUUCAAAACUGUGAGAAAACAGAAGGUGUACUUUGAUGUGUAUGGGUGUCAAAUGAAUUUAAGUGAUACAGAAAUUGUAUGGUCUAUACUUAAGAAUGAGGGUUUUGAGAAGACAGAAAUUGAAGAGGAGGCAGAUGUAUUUCUGGUGAUGACGUGCGCUAUAAGGGAAGGUGCUGAGAGUAAGAUCUGGCACCGCUUAGACCAUCUGCGGGGCUUCAAAAGACGGAGAGCUAAUUCUAAACAUAAAGAUAGACAAGUAAAGAUCGGAUUAUUGGGUUGUAUGGCGGAAAGACUCAAAGAAAAGUUGAUUGAGAAGGAGAAGUCAGUUGAUGUUGUGGCUGGUCCAGACAGUUACCGUGACCUGCCUCGCCUCCUCGCGGUCACAGAGAGUGGGCAGACUGCUGUCAAUGUUCUACUGUCUUUAGAUGAGACCUACGCUGAUGUUGUGCCUGUCAGACUUAACCAGGAUAGUGUUACUGCUUUCAUCUCAAUAAUGCGAGGCUGCGACAACAUGUGCACAUACUGCAUCGUGCCGUUCACGCGCGGGCGCGAGCGCUCCCGCCCCGUGGCCUCCAUCGUGGACGAAGUACGGCACCUCGCCGUCCAAGGAGUCAAGGAAGUCACGCUGCUCGGGCAGAACGUCAACAGCUACCGCGACACCAGCCAACAGACGUUAAAAGAACCUACUCGAAUAGCUAAAGGUUUCACAACUGUGUACAAGAACAAGCAGGGAGGGCUGAGGUUUGCGGAUCUAUUGGAGAAGGUGUCGGCAGUGGACCCGGAGAUGAGGAUCCGGUUUACCGCUGCUCAUCCUAAAGAUUUUCCUGAUGAGGUGCUACAAGUGAUCGCCUCCCGCCCCAACAUCAGCAAGCUGCUGCACCUGCCCGCGCAGUCCGGCAGCUCGGCCGUGCUGCAGCGCAUGCGCCGCGGGUACUCGCGCGAGGCGUAUGUGGAGCUCGUGGGGAGGGUCAGGGAGGCUGUGCCGGGAGUGGGCCUCUCCACGGACAUGAUCUGCGGCUUCUGCGGCGAGACGGAGGCGCAGUUCCGGGAGACCCUCACACUGAUGGAGCUGGUGGACUACCACGCCGCCUUCCUGUUCCCCUACAGCAUGCGGGAGAAAACAACAGCCUACCGCCGAUACAAGGAUGACGUGCCAGAAGAAGUGAAGAAAGACCGACACAACCGCAUGGUAGAACUAUACCGACGCAAGUGCCAGGCGCUCAACGAAGCUGAAAUAGGCCUUACGCAUCUGGUAUUAGUCGAGGGAACUGUGAAGAAAACUGGCCAGAUAAUGGGCAGAAAUGAGCUGUAUUUAAAAGUGGUUUUCGAUCAAACAGAGAUACCCAGUGAAGAUGGCGGUAAGAGGGGUAUGAAGCCAGGCGAUUACGUCGCUGUUAAGAUCGUGGCUGCCAAGGCUUCGGUUUUAACUGGUGUACCUUUGUUUCAUAGUAGUAUAACAGAGUUUUACAGGCAUAUUAGUUGGGGAGAGAGGGCUUUAAGGGUUGAUGAUUGAAAUGGGUAAAAGCUGGAAAAUAUUAACGUCCUCAUUUAAAAUGGCGGAUGAUUUCUCGGUAAUUUUUGAUCAAACAAUGUAGAUGAUGAAGCUUUAUCUAAGUGUUAAUUGUAAAUAAUGGAUAGGAUUAUAUAACAUAUUUAAUUAAAACAAAAGUUGUUUAGUUGUGACACUUCAAAAGUGCAGUUUUAAUAAAUCAAUAAACAAAAUCAUACAAA